CAGUACUUGCGUACCAUUCUCAUCGAUCUUCAGUCUUCACCAUAUAUAUGAUUAAUUUGUUGAGCAAGAUACCAACAGAUCAUCGGAGGUGGAGCAAGUAGUAGCAGUCAGCUCCUCCUCCUCGACCACCCCGUCGUCCACAAUGGCCAAGAUCAAGCCAUGGCCGGCGGCAGGUUUAUUGUCGCCAGCUGGUUCCUCCUCCGACGAUAACGACGAGUGCUGCCAAAGCUCGCAGGGAGCCGUCGAGCAGCAGCAGCAGGCAGCAGCAGCAGAGUACACGGUGUGGAUGAAGUCGCUGGUGUUCAACGGCAACGGCUGCACCGUGUACGGCGCCGACGGCCGCGUCGCCUACCGCGUCGACAACUACGGCUGCCGCGGCGGCCGCGAGGUGUUCUUCAUGGACCGCGCCGGCAGCAACCUCAUCAGGAUCCAAAGAAAGAGCUUUUUUAUGUUUAGGAGAUGGGAAGCUUGCCGGUGCUUCGACGAUGGAGAAGGAGAAGAGGCGAGGCCAUGGUUCAGAGUGCACAAGACAUGGAAGCAGGACGACGGCUGCGCCGCCGUCGUGACGAUGCACGGCAGCGGGAGGACGUAUAGGAUCGAGGGGUGCGCGCGCAAAUCGGACUACAGGAUCCUCAGCGCAGACGACGGCGCGAUCAUGGCGGCCGUCGGGCGGAAGCGGACGUCGGCCGGGGUUGUGCUGGGAGAGGACGUGCUGGCGCUGACGGUGGGAUCGGCGACGGAUCAUCUGCUCGCUUUGGGCUUGGUGGUCGUGUGUGGCCUUAUGAGCCGCCGCUUGUGAUGGGUGGGAUCGCAACGGCCGAUCAAGAACGGAAUUUGGUCUUCUUUUCCUGUGUUUUUUUUAUGAUUUGGAAGAUACUAGUUUGAUCCUAAGGCAGUGUACCAGUACGGACAUGGUGACAAAAUUUUAUGUAGUUGGUGCCUUUUGGCGAGCUAGAAUUUGUUCGUAGGUAUGUAGGGAACAGUUUGGAGAUCCCCCAACCCCCACCCCAUCAAACCGAGGGCAAUUUGUACCAUUAAUUUGUGGAAGAUUGUCUCCCCUGGUUUAUCAAGCUAUUAAAGCUACGUAUCCAAUUGUAACUUUGCAAGAAUUGUAAUCUAAUGAUGAAUCUGAAUGUUUAUUAUCCACUUACU